AACUUUUCCCAAAAUCCAAAAUACUUAAAAAUAUCACAGUCAUGCGUUUUAAUAGAAAAUUAAUACAACACAGAUUAAAUGGGUGACGGUAAAGUAUCAUACUUAGAGAAUGUGUUUACAUAUGAAAUAUAGAAAAAUCGAAUUAUUACCCUAUAUACACGUCUCAUUUAUUCACCAGUGCAUAUAGGAGAUUAAAUCUUUUUUAAUCUUUUAGAAAACCGGUUCCAUUGUUGGUCUUCUUUGCAUAAUUUUUUGCAAUAUCGUCGACCAAUAUAUCAAUUUUUUUGCGGAUAAGUAGGACUCGUCCAAAGAUGCGAAGAUAUGUUUAAAUAACAACAACAGCAUUAGCAUAACAUAAAUAGUGUUGCAGAACAAAUUUCUACAUCAAUCUUGCAAAAAAUGAACGGACUUAGAAAAAGUUAAUAUUUAUUCUGGAAUAUUAAAUUUCUAAUCUGCGAAAUCAGGGAUCGGCUUUAUUCUUACAUUUCUUUUUCUCUUUGUAGUUUUUCGACAGCCUGGUACCAUCUGGCGUUGCAACUAAAUUCCGAAAAUAAAAAAAAACGGAAUUAAUGUAUUCUUAUUUAAUAACUUUAAUUUUUAAUAUAGGAAAAAGUAAAAUAAUUGAAAUUUUGAAAAAGAGAAAGAAAUAACGACAAAACAGCACGAAUAAAAUUUCAAAAUAAACAAUAAUUGAGAAUCCAAGAAUAAAUCGAAAAAGAAACAAAAAUUGUCAAUGUCAGCCGUCGCAGUUAUUGAUUCGUCGAAUUGAUGUAUUAAAAGAAAGUUUAGAUAUGUCUGAAUUAUCUUUCUAAACAGUUCUGUUAAUAUACACUUUAUGCAUCCAUAAUCAGCGGCUCACACUAGCAAUUCACUACAAAUAAUUGAGGAAGAAAAGCAAUUAAACAGCCGAAGAAGUAGACAUAAAAAUUCAGAAAUUCGAGGACAUUUUCUAAGACCAAAAAAAUGUCUAGGACCGUACACCGUGCCAUUUAGACCGCGUUAGGAAAUCUCAUUUUAAUAUUACGCGCCGUAACGAAUAAAUUAGUACCUUUUUCGAAUUUCAGAGAUUUUUAUGUAUCCAAAUAUAUUCGAGCACACACGCUAGACGCAAAGUAAAAAAAAUAACGGUAGGUAAUGGUAUAGGAGUUGGUAAAAAUUCCAAGCACUUUCACGAUUCGCGCGUUGUCCAAAAAAAAAGGAAGGCACAUCCGGGAACCCUGUCGAAGGAGAGUGCCCAAUGAUUCCAUCUCAACUGGUUCACGCGACCAGAACGGCAUUAUUCAAGAGAGUGAGAGCGAUGGAAGGGGCAUACUUGCAUGCAAAUGUCAUUUUAAAUACUUUCGCAACGUGGUGGCGACUUUUAAUUUUUUGGUAUCGGCCGCGUCGCGUCGCGACGAUAGAUCGCGACGAUGUCGCAAACUUUCGCCUAGGAUAACGGAGCUUCCUGCCGCAGCUCCGUGCGGAAGAGGGAACCCGCGAAAGAAAUCGGAAACGGGAUGAUCCGAUCUCCGGUGCUUAAUUUUCCGCUUAAGUUUCAUCGGUAAAUCCCCGCGAGGUGCGCCCAGUCUAAGGAAGAAUUGUUAAUUAGUAACUGGGAGUUCUUUCCCUCAAAAUAAGUACGUCAGUACUCGUAACUCUCGCAUACCAUUGUCGCGUGCCAGCUCGGCCAGGUCGACGGUGUCCGAGUCGCGCGAGCGUCAACGCGGAAAAAAUUGUGCCGCGCGUAAACGUCAAAAGGGAAAGGCGUUGCGUUACUACUUUCAAAGUAAAUUCUGUUACGCGUAAUCGUCAUCGUCAUCGCCAUUCUCACGAUGGCGUACGUGAGCCAUCCCACCGAGAGGAUGGGAUUCCGCGAAGCACGAGACAUUCGGUGUCUUUUCUUUCCGCUACAGGUGUGCAUUACAUUGAGAUGUGACGUCAAUGCCCGAGGAUAACGAUACUAAAUCCAUGUUUAAGGGAACUGUCGGCGGUGUAGCAAAGGAGAUGGCGAUGACGACGACGACGACGUCGACACCAUCGCGACGACGACGACGACGACGACGACGACGACGAUGACGAUGACGACGAGCGGCGGCGGCGGCGGCGGGGCUCCAUCGAGAGGGAGCGAGCCGCUCGUGACGUCAAAGAGUAGGGCGAGCAUCCUCGAAGAAGAGGGAGCCGCCACUCCGCGAGUGACCAAAGAGAUUCUUCUUGGGGCCCCGGCCCCGACACCAACACUCAGGGGCUGCACAAAGUAGCUGGACAAAAGAGAGGGGGGAAUUAGUCACAUCUUCGUGUAUACCGGCACGCGCAAGCCCCCGUUAAAGUGGGGCAACACCACCCACGUGCACGUUCGCGGGCAGGAUAAAAAAUCCUUCGAAGAUCAGGGAAUACUCAGUUUUGAACAAGCCAUUAAGCGAGACGAUCGAGCCGAGACGAAGAGAGAUCAUAUACCGUCUCGCUUCUCGAUCUCACAAAUCCCGACGAAUAAGCUCGCGUGAGUGAGAGUCCGCCGAAGGAAUCUACCGGGAAUUCAGAAAGGCCGCUUAGACACGCGCGUAUAUCUUGCGCUGGUCAGUGUUAAAUUUCGACUGGCGAAUCAUCACAGAGAAUCGCGCGUCGUCUAGACCAAAACACAGCUAGAUUGUCAAAAUAUUUUCGACUUACGUCACGUAGUCGAAGGAACGGUCGAACGGUCGACCAAACCUGAAAAAUUCCCAUUUGAAAUACCGCGUCGCAUAUUUACAUCUUUCAGUGUCUCUCCGACAUCCGUAUCGUCAACUUGUCGAACUUUAAGGGAAGCUCGAUAGACGAAAGAACUCUCGAAGGUAAUCGAUUGAGAGCCGAGAAAAAUUAUUCGGAGUGUUCUGGAGAUUCUCCACUGUGAUUAAAAAACGUGAUAGAAAUAAAAGCAACAAAUAAAACAAAUUUAUUGCUUUAGUGCGUUGAAAAAAAGUAUACGUGAUACGAAAAGCGAAUCCCGAAGGAAACUGAGGUCGAUCUCGUUGAAGGCCGAGGAAGAAUUAAAAAAAAAAAAAAAAAGGCUAUAUCAUCGAUAAAGAUUUGCAGAGGUCUUUUCGUGCAAAUUUCGGACUUCGAAGAUCGACAUUGAACGACAAUGGCGAUAUUGAACGUCAUGUUUUGCAUACUUGUUGUUCUCACCUGUGUCAUCGUCAGCACGACGCUCGUUCAAGGUCGGAGUCUAAGACGACGGCACGGGCAUCACGCUCUCUCCGAUUAUCUCGAGAAAUCGCUGCCGCGAGAUCUGUCGGAACGUCUCGAGGAUGAUCUGGAAUACUAUCCCGAUUUUUACGGACAGGCGAAAAAGCGCAAGCAUGCCCAACUUCUGGAUCAUUCCGAGUACGAGGAGUACGAGGACUUGGAGGAGCGAGUACCACCGUUUCUCCUUCGAUACGAACACGAAGACGGAUCGAGAGGUCGCGAGUCCUUACGACGAAAGGAGGAUUUCCUUCUCAAGCACGACGACUUCGACGCCUUCUCAAGAAUUGUCGCUAGAAGAAAACGUAACAACAAACACGGGGGCAUGAGAAAUCAAGACAAGAGGAACCUGCAACAUCGUCGCAAUUUCUUAGAGAUGGAGGUGAAGAUGGCGCAGAACCGCUCUAUCUGCAACUACACCGUGGAGUCGGUACCGGACCUAUACGGUUCCCGGAUACCGAGAAAUCUGGAACACGUGAGAUGCAAUCACCUCGGUAGCAGCUGUCAGGGCACCAACUCCUACUGCUGCAUACAGACGUACAAAAAUAUCGAGGUGUCCUAUGGCAACGGCCACAAUGAGACAAUGAAACUGUACGUAGGCUGCGUGUGUGCCUCAAAUUCGCAUUCGUUGAUACAGUCGCUGGCACGUCUUGACGAUUGACAUCGAGAGUUCGCGAGACUAAUUCGGGGAGUAGGGGAGUGAACGGGGGGAUGACGAUCCGUUUCGGUGACGAUAAAUUCGCCUCGGUAAUGUCGGCCAUCAGCGGCCAUGAUCUUCGAACCGGCACGAGUCGAGCGAGACGCGUCUUCGGAGGAGACAGCGAUUGAAACUAAGAAACGCAGCUUGUUGUUGUCGCAUUUGACGUUGCAAUCGAUAAUCCAUGAACGGACGAACGUCUUUCUUUCCUUUUUUCUCUUUGCGUAGAACUCGUUUGAAGAUUGCGCCUAGUGACGCGCGAAUACUGGGAAUUUAACAGAUUUACUCAAACGUUUGACGUUAGAACGGCGAUUUACUGGACUGCGGCGGGAAGGCGAGAGAAGAAAGUUGAAAAGGAUCGGAAUAACGACGCGAGAGCGUAUGAGAUCGAAGCAGUCUCUCUCUUGUCAAUCUUUUACCCUCUUCGUUCCGAUACCAUUUGCAUUCGACAACAUAUAUUGUGCAUACCCAAUUAAAUCGCGAUCGUCUUUCCGUCAUCUCGUGCCGACAAUAAAAAUACGAAACGCGACGUAUCGAUGUAAGGACAAUAGGUGAUAGCCUGGUAGCAAAAAACGAUCAAAAUACUCAUUGAAAAUUCACGACUCGUAAGACAUAAAUUCAAAGUAUCGUAGAAAAAAUGACAAAAUUAGCAAAUACAUAAAUAACUGUUUUUAGUAGUAGAAUUAAAAAUGCUUGUAGCUGUGCCGAUGAGGAAGCAGAAAUCGGUAGAAAAAUAUUACAAACCGUUCCGUUUUUCUUUAAGCCCUUCCUAUGGGUCUCGUGUCGAUUUGCAACAGGGUUGGCAUUUAUUUUAAACAAUACGUUUAAAACUGACUUGAUUAAAAUUUAUUUAAAACAGUUGGCAUGUUUUUAAACAUUUAAACAGUUUUAAAUUAUUGUCUAACUAUAGUAGAAGAUAAUAAAUCUGAGAAAGAAAUAUUUGAACGCGUCUGAUUUCAGCUGCUAUGUGACCUUCUUUGUGAAAACAAGAAGAAAUUCUUAGUGUUAUUUUCUCUUCUCCCAUUCGACUCAAGGUCUUUCUUGUCUUAAUUAGUGACACUCGUAGAGAUAAAGAUUUCAUCCUAAGUAUGAUUAGCAGAUGAUUUGUAACUUGGCCUUACAGUUAACAAGAUACUCAAUAUCUUCCAAUUUGACGCUGACAAAAGAUUUAAAUAUUCAAGCUGGAACAGAUUGAAGUUAGCAAAUAUUUCUUUUUUGUUUAUUUUAAAAUUAUACUUUUUUUGUUUAAUAUGUUCUUUUUUCGUUACUUGACACAAAUACAGAAAACAUUGUUUUUUAAACAAAAAACAAUGUUUUUUUUUUUGUUUAGAAUGGAAAACAACAAAUUUUUUGUUAACCUUAAUUUGCCUUAAUAAGGUCUGAAUCACAUUCUGCGGAUAGUCCGCAUAUAAGAUUCAAGUGCCGUAAUGUAACAUCGUGUAACGUUGCCUAGUAGGAAUAAGAAAUUAUUGUUUACGCUUUAGGUAUUUAUAGAUUCUCCCGGCCGUGUUGUUGUCAAACAAUGUGAUAAAACACGUACUCGAUCACAACCAAUCGCUCAGGUAGUGCUAAAUCCGGUCAGACGUGCACGUAACACGUAUCCGAAUGUAAUUAUCAUCACGUGCAUCGUUUAGAUGGAUAAUGAUUGCAUGAGUGAAUCAUGAAUGUCCGUCGCGAUUGACGCACAUUAUCUAUUUAUUGCAUACGUCGCGUACCAUCCCGUCUAUUUAUUUUCGCCAACAUUUUCAUCCCAUUCACUUGUAUUUAUCUAUUUAUUUAUUUAUUUAUUUAUCCGUUUAUUUAUGCAGGUAUUUAUUUCUAACUGUUUAUGCAGCAUGUAACGAGGACUUAUUUCCGAUCUAUUCAAAGCGAUAUAAUUUGUUUUGCGAGGUAAAAAACGGGAAACAGCUCUGCGAUAAUUCCGAGCGACGGAAAUCGUGUACUUGUUGAAAUUUACAUACAUUAAUUGACAAGUAAUGUGAUUGAUGUAAUUUAGGCUGAAUCAAGCGUGAUUUGUAUGAAAUUUACUUGUGAAUUUUUUAAGUGACUUUAAAUAGUUUAGAUCUUUUUAUAUGUAUGCACGCCUGUGUAUUAAGAGACGAACAGUAUUAAAUACCGAUAAUUCGAUAUUGACUACGAAUUUGUAAUUGUAAAUUAUCGCGCGUACUUUUAUAUUUCUAUAAAAGAUUUUACUGCUGUGGUUUAAUGGAAGGCAAACAGUAUUAAAACAAACAUAAUGUUUCUCUCUAAUAAC